AGAAACUCUCACCAUCACCUCUCAACACUCGUCAAGUCAUCCACACCGCCGAUCAAACAAAGAAGCGGGUCCCCAUUUUUUGAGAUUUGUUUGCGUCUUCGUUCUUCCUCCCCUGGUUCAUAUCGCUCCAACCGUAGCAGCCACAACAGUGCUCUACAAGUCUUCACGGAAAAGCCUUUCGUUACCAUUCAAUUUCCAAACACUGCCCCCAACUCUCGGGUGACCGGAAUAUGGCGGAACCAGUGGCGCCCGAGAACGACGAGGAGCAGUUGCUGUUAGCUCAGCCUAGCAGCACUGACCGGUCGUGGCGGUUGAACUUCGAUGGAUUCCAGGUGUCCUCGGAGUACAAGGAGAAGAAGCCUCCUCGUGGCCUCCACGACUGUCUUGGGGUGUUAGGUCCAGAAGAUAAUGUGGCCGAGUACUAUCAGCAGCAGGUAGAAAUGCUCGAGGGAUUUAAUGAAAUGGAUGCCUUAGCAGAGCGUGGUUUUAUUCCUCCGCUGUCAAAGGAAGAGCAAGAAAAGUUAGCUAAGAGUGAAACAUUUGCCAUUAGAAUAUCAAAUGUUGCAAACAUGUUUCUCUUUGCCGCUAAAGUCUAUGCUUCUGUCCGAAGUGGUUCCUUAGCCAUCAUUGCAUCCACACUGGACUCGCUUCUUGAUCUUCUGUCUGGCUUCAUCCUUUGGUUUACUGCAUUCUCCAUGCAAACUCCAAGCCCAUAUCAGUAUCCUAUUGGGAAGAAACGUAUGCAGCCAUUGGGAAUCCUCGUAUUUGCCUCUGUCAUGGCGACUCUUGGACUGCAGAUUAUCUUGGAGUCAGUGCGCACACUAUUAUCUGAUGACAUGGAAUUCAACUUGACCAACAAGCAGGAGCAAUGGCUUGUUGGCAUUAUGCUUUCUGUGACUCUGGUAAAACUCGCUUUGGUUAUGUAUUGUCGCUCUUUCACUAAUGAGAUUGUCAAAGCUUAUGCCCAAGAUCACUUUUUUGAUGUUAUCACCAACAUCAUUGGACUCAUUGCUGCUCUCCUUGCAAAGUAUAUUGAUGGUUGGAUGGACCCUGUUGGAGCUAUCAUUCUGGCUUUGUACACCAUCCGUACAUGGUCAAUGACAGUGUUGGAAAAUGUGAACUCCCUUGUGGGAAGAUCAGCUGCUCCAGAAUAUCUACAGAAACUCACGUACCUCUCUUGGAAUCACCACAAGGCCAUAAGACAUAUUGAUACGGUCCGGGCUUACACCUUUGGGUCGCACUACUUUGUGGAGGUUGACAUAGUUUUGCCGGCAGCCAUGCCUUUGCAAGAGGCGCAUGACAUUGGGGAAUCCUUGCAGGAAAAGCUUGAGCUCCUGCCUGAGAUUGAGCGCGCCUUUGUACAUCUGGAUUACGAGUACACACACAAACCUGAGCAUACUCGGGCACACUCAUAGUCCAAAAAAGUAAAGUCAGAUGCUAUAUCUAUCAUACUGUUGUUUCUUGUUCUUUUUUCCCCACUCUACACGCUCUUGCUCCUAUUUGAAUGUGAUAUUAAUUCCUAUUGAGAACAAUCUGAAGCUGUAAGACUUGUGUCGAAAUGUCUAUAUUUCGGAACAACAUUUGAUAGUUGUAGUAGUAAAAUGUCUGAGCAAAUUGCUAAA